AUGGCACAUGUCCAUAGAUCCUUCAAGCGGAGAUGGAUCGGCCUUAUACAGCUCGUGCUUUUGAAUAUUAUAACAACAUGGGAUUGGGUGUCCUUCGCAGCAAGCGCUGGCAUAUCAGCUGAGUAUUUCGGCGUUUCAGAAUCUGAUACCAACUGGUUAAGUAUAGCGUUUUUAGGCGGAUUCUGUGUAUUUGCACCAGGAGUCAUUUAUUUAGUCCCAAAAUUCGGAAUUAGGUCAUCAUGUCUCGCCGCGGCUAUCCUCUUACUCGCGGGAAACUGGAUUCGAUACGUAGGGGCUGUGGCUCGAGAGGGGGGUAUAUUCGGGUUGGUAAUGUUCGGUCAGAUCUUGAUUGGUAUUUCGUCUGCAUUUGUUCUACCAAUUCCGACAUCAUAUAGCCAAAUAUGGUUCACCGAGAAAGGUCGCGUUAAAGCUACUGCGGUUGCGACAUUGGCUAGCCCUUUAGGUGCUGCUCUGGGACAACUCAUCUCUCCCUUAUGGAUGAACAGUGCCGGCGAUGUUCCACGAAUGAUUUUAUGGACCUCAAUCCUCAGUUCUAUUUCAUCGAUACCGACGAUUUUCGUCCCAGACACCCUGCCAGCUCGCGGCCCUUCUUCCGCGGCCGCAGUUUUGGGGUCGAAACAACAACUGUCAUUACUCAUACACUCCUUACAAUUCUGGUUCCUAUUUAUUCCAUUUUCUGUCUAUGUGGGCCUUUUUAAUGCUUUGACCACACUCCUUGACCAAAUCCUCGGACCUUACGGCGCCACUGAAAGCGAAGCAGGUAUUUGCGGUGCAAUACUUAUAGCAUCUGGUAUCGUUUCUGCCAUCAUAGUGUCGUUACUUGUAGAUAUAUCGCAGUCUCAUGUUUUGGUUAUCAAAGCUCUCAGCCCUAUCAUCGCUAUUUGCUAUUUAAUAUUCAGGUGGAUUCCGGAUCUAUCACCGAUAAUGGGAGCGUACAUUGUGUCGGGCAGCCUCGGUGCCGCCUCUUUUGCCCUUGUACCGGUCGUUUUGGAAUGGUUGGUUGAUGCGACCUUCCCGGUAGGGGCAGAGUUUACCAGCACAAUUUGUUGGAUUGGAGGACAGUUCAUGGGUAUCGUUUCAGUGUUAGUUAUGAAUGCUUUCAAAGAGGAUGGUAAUGCUGCUCCUCCAUAUAACAUGAAGCAGGCGCUUACUUUCCAGGCUGUAUUAGGCGCCGUUGUCUGUCCAUUACCGAUGCUUGUUGGGGUAUUCGGUGGCCUCGCUGAGAAUAGGAGACAUCAAGCAGGGGUGUGA